CUAUUUUAUACAAACUAAAACUUAAUCAAUCUGUGACGACGAUUCCCACCGUAGGUUUCAAUGUGGAAACAGUAACAUAUAAAAAUGUUAAAUUCAAUGUUUGGGAUGUUGGUGGGCAAGAUAAAAUUCGUCCACUUUGGCGUCAUUACUAUACGGGUACUCAAGGACUUAUAUUUGUGAUUAUUUCACAAGAUCGCGACAGAAUAGAUGAGGCUCGUCAAGAAUUACAUCGAAUUAUUUCAGACCGUGAAAUGAGAGAUUGUUUACUAUUAGUAUUUGCUAAUAAACAAGAUUUACCAGGCG